UCCUUUUGCGGGCUCACCCCUCUGUACUUACCCAGUGCAUCAUGCCGCCGUAGCCGGAUGGUCCGCCCCCAAUUCUGGAAACCACCCUGCCACCUUCUCCGGUUUUGUUCGUUCCCUUUCUUACCUCUCCCCUACAAAAUCGCAAUCCGCCGCCAGUUUUUUCUUUUAUUUUGCUGUUUUAGAGCAAUACACCCCCGCUUCCUCCGCCCUUUUAUAAUCCCCCGAUACAUUCCGACUUCGAUUCGCUGAACCGUGAGCGGACCUUCGAUUUCCGGAAUUCUCCCACCCGCGUUAAGGUCUCGCCGCCAUUGGGAGAUAGUCCCAAGGUCAGAUCUCCCAGCAGGAUGGGGCAGCUCGGGGGGAAAGCCGAUCUCAAGGUCGUCAAAGGCGAUAUGGGUUAUAUUCUUGAAGAUGUUCCUCACUUCACGGAUUAUCUCCCUGAUUUGCCCACCUAUUCAAAUCCGCUGCAAGAUCAUCCAGCUUAUUCAGUUGUCACGCAGUAUUUUGUUGAUGUGGAUGAUACUGUUCCCCAAAAGAUUGUGGUUCACAAAGACAGUCCAAGAGGGGUCCAUUUUCGACGUGCUGGGGCACGCCAGAGGGUGUACUUUGAGUCAGAUGAUGUGCUUGCAUGCAUUGUAACUUGUGGAGGCCUCUGCCCUGGGCUUAACACAGUAAUCAGAGAGAUAGUAUGCGGUUUGUCUCACAUGUAUGGUGUCAACAGAAUCCUAGGGAUAGAGGGGGGUUACAGGGGUUUCUAUGCCCGCAAUACUAUGCCUUUGACUCCGAAGUUUGUCAAUGAUAUCCACAAGCGAGGGGGAACCAUCCUUGGCACAUCACGAGGGGGUCAUGAUACUAUGAAGAUAGUUGACAAUAUUGAGGAUCGUGGGAUUAAUCAGGUCUAUAUUAUAGGAGGAGAUGGAACCCAAAGAGGAGCUUCUGUUAUUUUUGAGGAAAUUCAAAGGCGUGGCCUCAAAGUUGCUGUUGUUGGAAUUCCUAAGACAAUAGAUAAUGACAUUGCGGUUAUCGACAAGUCUUUUGGUUUUGAUACCGCUGUUGAAGAGGCUCAGCGUGCCAUUAAUGCAGCACAUGUAGAAGCUGCAAGCAUUGAGAAUGGUAUAGGCCUUGUGAAGCUAAUGGGUCGCUACAGUGGGUUCAUUGCAAUGUAUGCUACUCUUGCAAGCCGAGAUGUGGACUGUUGCUUAAUUCCAGAAUCACCCUUCUAUCUAGAGGGAAAAGGUGGACUUUUUGAAUAUAUAGAAAAACGGCUUAAAGAGAAUGGGCACAUGGUUAUUGUUGUUGCUGAGGGAGCAGGACAAGAUCUUAUUGCUGAAAGUCUGCGGUCCAUGCAACAUGAAGAUGCUUCUGGGAACAAGUUGCUCGAUGAUGUUGGGUUCUGGCUAUCUCAGAAGAUAAAGGAUCACUUCACAAGAAAACAAAUGAUGGUGAUAAAUCUUAAAUAUAUAGAUCCAACAUACAUGAUUCGUGCAAUUCCAAGCAAUGCAUCUGACAAUGUCUACUGCACGCUUUUGGCACACAGUGCCGUUCAUGGUGCAAUGGCUGGAUAUACAGGUUUCACAGUGGGGCUAGUUAAUGGGAGACAUACUUACAUACCAUUUCAUAGGAUGACCGAAACAAACAAGGUUGUGAUAACUGACAGGAUGUGGGCAAGGGUUUUGUCUUCUACCAACCAACCAAGCUUUUUGUGUGCCAAAGACAUUGAGGAAGCUAAAAUGGUGGAGCAGCAGCCAACCCAGUUAUUAGAUGAGCAGAAGAGCUUGGAUAAUGGCUGUCAUUAGGUGGGUGCUGAUCCAGAAACAUGGGAAAUAAAAACUGGAAUGUGGUGUGUUAUAACUGAGUGCUCGCAUUGUUACUGAGGUUUAUAUUCCCAUUAAGGUCCAAAAGCAUUAUUAUAUUUUAGUUUAUAUUCUCGCUAAGCAGCAGUGCCCUUAUAUGAUAUGCUUGUGGUUCAUGUGUAUGGAAUUCUGAAUUACACAUUUUCACCAUUGCUAUCAGGCAGCAAGGUAACUGAGAGUUUUUGCAGUCUUUUUUGUGUGAUUUCAUCCUUCCAAUUGUCUGCUGUGGUGGUCAAAGCAAUUGUUCUUUGUAGAGCUACUGAAAUCGCUGCUUAGAACAGUUGGUGCAGGCAUUGUUUAGCAUAAUGUAGAUAUCUUUCUUUUCGAGCUU